CCACGUGACACUUGGUCACACCCACACUCCAGAUGUUUCUAUUUCUUACACCCACUUCUUAUCUCUCUCCACACCCACCUAUUUAUAUUCUAUCGAUUAAUUUUUCUCACUUACACUCACUAAUCAAUUCAUUUACAUUUACAUUACAAAAACUUCUUUUUUUUAUUUCUCCUCGGCCGCAAUUACCAAAAUGCCCUUCCCUCUCGCUACCUUUCUUCUCCUCUUCUUACCCCUGGCCCUGCUGACUUCCCCUAAUUCUUCGUUGCCCGAGCUGGACCCGGUUCGGUUGGCCCAGGCCGGGUUUAGGGAAGCCAGAACCGGAAUAGCUGAUUUAAAACGACGUCCGUUUGGGCAUCGGAAUCUACAGGCCGCACUUGGCGAUUGCGCUACGCUCUACGAGGAGGCGGACUGGCGGCUCGCCGGAAUGUUGGUUGGAGAGAAUUAUACGGCGGAAGAUGCUUGGAUGUGGCUUAGCGCCGCCGUGGCUAACCAUCGGAGUUGUUUGGAUGGAUUGGAAGAGGUCGGCGCUGCGACGGCGGUGGAUGGGAAUAACUUGACCGUGUUGCUCACCGGAGCUCUGCGUUUAUACCACAAGAUCGCUGCCGUGGAGAAGCGGAUCGGGUGGGAAGUAGUGGAGAAACGGAAAUGGAGAGAAAACAGAGGAAUCAACUUGGCGAAGUGGAAUCCGGCGACGUCGAAGGCGGAUUAUGUGGUGGCAAAGGACGGCUCUGGCACCCACACAACCAUAAACGGCGCGGUGGUGGCUCUAACGAGGACUGGACGGAGACGGCGAGGGGAGAGAAUUGUGAUAUACGUGAAAGCCGGCGUUUACAAGGAGAAUGUGGAAAUUGGAAUACAGUUGAAGAAUAUCAUGGUUGUCGGCGACGGCGCAGACAAAACCAUGGUCAUCGGUAGUCGCAACGUGCCCGACGGCGCCACCACUUAUAACUCAGCUACAUUUGGAGUUUCCGGUGACGGAUUUUGGGCGAGGGACAUAACAUUCGAGAACAUCGCCGGACCGGAAAAGCAACAGGCCGUGGCGCUACGGCUGAAUUCCGACCUUGCCGUUGUAUACCGGUGCGUAAUAAAAGGCUAUCAGGACACCCUCUUCCUCCAUUCCCUCCGUCAAUUCUACCGUGACUGUCAAAUCUACGGCACCGUCGAUUUCAUUUUCGGGAACUCCGCCGCCGUCCUCCAGAACUGUGAAAUCUUCGUCAGACGGCCGAUUCGCCACCAAGCCAACAUGAUCACCGCCCAAGGCCGCGACGAUCCGGCCGAGGCCACUGGAAUUUCGAUCAUCGACUCCAGAGUCCGGCCGGCGCCAGAUUUCGCCCCCGUAAAGGCUCAGUACAGGACCUACCUCGGGCGCCCGUGGAAGAGGUUUUCGAGGACGGUGGUUAUAGCGACGGAUUUGGACGGAUUGAUCGAUCCGAAAGGCUGGGCAGAAUGGAGGGGGGAUUUUGCGGUUUCGACUCUGUUUUAUGCAGAGUUUAAGAACAGGGGCGGCGGUUCUUCGACGAGAUUUAGGGUUAGUUGGCCGGGAUUUCACGUCCUCCGUAGUGCGGAGGAGGCGCGGCCUUUCACGGUGACCGAGUUUCUUCACGGUGGGGCUUGGAUUCCGGCUACCGGCGUACCCUUCGAGGCGGGCGUUUGAUUUAUAGGAUCGGAGAUUGAAUAUUGGCAUUAGUGAAAAUUAUGUAAUUUUGAUAGGAAAAUAAUUAUGUUAUUAUAAAUAUUAUAUAAAAAUAAUAUAUGCGUAUUAGGAUCA